GUUGGCAAAAAAUUCGAGCAGGUUGCACUGUUGACAUAAAAGUUGAGCAAGUUACACAAAAAAGAAAACUAAAAUCUCAGAAACAGAAUGAAUUUAAUUAAAUCCCUUACGUUGAGCAGUGCAAAGCAAAUUAUUAAUCCAUCGCUGCUGCUCCAACAUAAAAGAGGAUUAGGUCUAAUUCCGAUUGUUAUUGAACAGACUGGGCGAGGCGAAAGAAGUUAUGAUAUAUUUUCGAGAUUAUUAAAAGAGCGAAUUAUUUGCUUAAUGGGACCGGUAAAUGACAGCAUUAGUUCCUUAAUUGUCGCUCAAUUAUUGUUUCUACAGUCCGAGAAUUCAACAAAGCCAAUACACAUGUAUAUUAAUUCACCGGGUGGAAGUGUUACGUCUGGAUUGGCAAUUUAUGACACUAUGCAGUAUGUUAAGCCUCCAAUCGCUACUUGGUGUGUCGGGCAAGCAUGCUCAAUGGGUUCUUUAUUGCUCGCAGCUGGUGAGCCAGGAAUGCGUCAUUCAUUGCCUAAUUCUCGAAUUAUGAUACAUCAACCAACAGGUGGCACUCAAGGACAAGCGACUGACAUUCAAAUUCAAGCAGCUGAGAUCUUAAAGCUCAAGAAGAGAUUGACACAAAUUUAUGCAAGGCAUACGAAGCAAGAAUAUGAGAUAUUAGAGGCAAAAAUGGAGCGCGAUACAUUCCUGGAUCCAGAGGAAGCAAAACAAUUAGGUAUAAUUGAUGAAGUACUUGAACAUCCACCAAAUGUUCACAUCGAUAAUAGUUUAUAAUUUAUACAUGAAUGAGAAUUAAUUACAGCAAGUGAAUAAAGAAACAGAUGAAAAAAUAUGUGGGCUAUUCUCCAGAUAAAAAUUUUCAAAAAACCACCACUAAAAUGAAUUUUUUAUAAUUUUUUUCCAUUAGAGAGCCUCGAAAGACAAAUUAAUAUUGUACAACUUUUUAAACUCUACAAAUCUGUAUAAUUAAAUGCUUUCAAUAUACUCUAAUUAAGGAAAUAUUUCGAUUCUUCGGACGAUUUCUCGAAGACAAAAUAUGGAAAUUGGAUUUUUAUAAUCAAAAA